AUGCGCGGGAACCUCCCGUUCCUCGCCGCGGCGGCCGCCGCUGGGUCCAGCAAUGGCGCUGCCCUCCCUCUGUCCCUCUCGCACACGAAGCAGCUCCACGCGCGCCUCAUCGUCGCCUCCCCCUCCUCCGCCUCUGGCCCUGCCUACCUCCGCCUCCUAGUGCUCCGCUCCUAUGCCGCCCGCGGAGACCUCUCCUCCGCCCGCCGCCUGCUGGACGAGGCUCCCCACCCGGUCUCGCCGCUCCUCUACAACGCCCUAAUCCGCGCCCACGCCCGCCGCCUCGACCUCCCCGCCGCGCUCGCGCUUUUCGCCCGCAUGCGCCGCUCCGCCACUCCGCCCGACGCGCACACCUUCGCCUGCGUCCUCCGCGCCUGCGCCGAAUCCUCGCGCCCGGAUGCCGUCAAGGUCGUCCAUGGUGUCGCCACAUCAUGCGGUAUGUGCUCCCGUCCGAUUGUCCUGAGCGCGCUUGUCAGUGGGUACGCAAAGGUUGGCCUCGUGGACAACGCUCGCAGCGUGUUCGAUGGAUUGUGCGAGCCGGACUUGGUCCUUUGGAACUCCAUGAUGUCUGCAUACGGGUACCAAGGAAUGUGGUAUGAUGGUCUCCAGAUGUUUUCCUUAAUGCGGAGAGCUGGGGAGCAGCCGGAUGGGUAUUCAAUGGUUGGCUUAAUCUCAUGCUUCUGGAAUCCGGAAAUACUUGCAUUCGGUCAAGCAGUUCAUGCAAUGUGUCUCAAGGGGGGUUAUGACUCCGGACACCAUGUGAGAAGCACACUUGUGUCGAUGUACAUGAGGUGUGGGUGUAUGGAAUCUGGACAGAGCUUGUUUGGUAGCUUGCCCGAUGCGGAUUUGAUUACCUGGUCGUCACUGAUUACUGGGCUAAUGCAAACUGGCAAGUACGAGGAGUCAUUUGAUUUGUUCCGGAAAAUGUGUUUUACUGGUAGGAGGCCCGACGGCAUAUUGAUUGCUAGUGUUCUCUCGGUAUGUGCUUCUACAGCUGCUGUUAGUUGUACCAGGGAGGUCCAUUGUUAUGCAGUCAGGCUUGGAGCAGAUAUGGACAUAAGAGUCUCUUCUUCACUAAUGGAUGCUUAUGCAAAAUGUGGUUUCACUGAGCUUGGAUACUCGGUGUUCCGCCAAUUACCUAAUAAGAACUCAGUCAUGUACAACACGGUCAUAUCAAACCUUGGAUCUCAUGGGUUUGCAACUAAGGCUAUUGAAGUCCUAGAUGAGAUGGUUAAUGAUAAGCUCAGGCCUGAUAGUGCUACCUUCUCCGCUUUACUUGCUGCUUGUUGUCAUGUGGGACACUUGGAGGAGGGAUGGAAGUUGUUCAGGAGAAUGAGGGAUGAGUUCAAGAUAGUUGUUGAAGUGGAGCACUAUGUGUACAUGGUGAGGCUUCUUGCAACAUUUGGCCAGCUGAAGGAGGCAUACGAUCUUAUACAGACAAUGCAAAUACAACCAGAUUGUGGUGUGUGGGGUGCAUUGCUUUGGGGUUGUUGUGUCCAUCGUGAUUCUAGCCUCGGCAGGAUUGUUGCUGAAAAGCUCUUUGAACUCAAUUCAGAGAAAGCUGCUUACAGGGUUAUGCUCUCAAACUUGUAUGCCUCACAAGAGAUGUGGUGGGAUGCUGAGGAGGUUAGGGAUGAGUUAUCAAAAGAAAAUAUGUACAAGAACACAGGGAUGAGUUGGGUUGGCAAAGUAAAGAUAUGA